UGUACAUGUAACACCGUCAUGAGCAAUCAAAGCCAGAGUUCCCCUCUUCACCAUAAAAGGAGCAUUUCGUUAGUCACUGACGGCAGGUAGUUACUCAACACAUCCAAACUCCAGCCUAUAUAACAGCUUCUCACAGCACUGAGACACAAGUUGCACACAACGAGGAAGCAUGAAGACUUUGACUCUGAGCAUUCUGCUUGGCCUGGCAGUGGCAGUUUACUGCAUGCCACUAUCUCAGAUUACUGGGCAAGAUGAAAGUUUUGCAAAGAACUACCUGAAGAAAUUCUUCAACCUCACAGAGGAGGAGGGUCCAGCUGUCAGAAGGGGCAUCAGCCCAGUGAACAAGAAGCUGGCUGAGAUGCAGAGAUUCUUUGGUCUCCAGAUCACCGGGUCUCUGGAUGCUGACACUUUGGCCAUGAUGAAGAAGCCCCGCUGUGGGGUUCCCGAUGAACAGGUCGCUCGUUUCUCCACUUUUGAUAACAACCUCAAAUGGGAGAAAAACAGCCUCACAUACAGGAUAGAGAAAUACACACCUGACAUGUCUGUGGCAGAGGUGGAUGACUCCAUAGACAAAGCUCUGCAGGUGUGGGCCAAAGUCACUCCACUGAGGUUCACAAGGAUCUACAGCGGCAUUGCUGAUAUUAGGAUCUCCUUUGGUCGCCGGGCACAUGGUGAUGGUUACCCCUUUGAUGGCCCUAAUGAAAUUCUUGCCCACGCAUUUGCUCCCGGUGAUGGCAUUGGAGGGGAUGCCCAUUUUGAUGAAGAUGAAACGUUCACGUUCCGCUCAAACACAGGCUACGUCCUCUUUAUGGUUGCUGCCCAUGAAUUUGGUCACUCUCUGGGCUUGUCUCACUCCAAUGACCCCGGUGCUCUCAUGUACCCAGUGUACUCAUACAGUAACUCUGACACCUAUGUUCUUCCCCGGGAUGACGUUAAUGGCAUCCAGUCCCUCUAUGGUCCAGGUCCCGUUAAUCCUGGACCUACAGCCCCCACUACUCCUGAUGCCUGUGAUUCAACGAUGGUUUUGGAUGCUGUUGCCACAAUGCGAGGAGAGAUGCUCUUCUUCAAGGACAGAUUAGUCUGGCGCAAACACCCUCAGAUCAGCACACCUGUACAAACUCUCAUCUCAGCUAACUGGCCCGAUGCCCCUGUUAAUAUUGAUGCUGCUUAUGAGAGCCAACAAUUAGACCGUGUCUUACUUUUUAAAGAUCAGAAGGUGUGGGCUUUCAGCGGCUAUGAUCUUGUAAGUGGCUAUCCUAAACCAAUAUCCAGCUUUGGUCUGCCCAAAACAGUGAAGAGAGUUGAUGCGGCCCUCUAUGACGAACAAAGUGGGAAGACUCUGUUCUUUGUAGGCAGUGAAUACUACAGUUAUAAUGAGGCCACAAAGAAGAUGGAUAAGGGAUUCCCCAAACAGGUGGAUGAGACCUUCUUGGGAAUGACCUCCAAAGUGACUGCAGCUCUGCAGCAAGGAGGGUACACCUACCUCUACAGUGGACCACAAAUGUUUGAGUAUGCCAUGUGGAGCGGGAGGCUGUACCGUGUGCUGAGGAACAGCUACUUCUUGCCCUGCACCAAAUACUAGAGAAGAUUUUGAAUGCUAAAUAAGACACAGUAAAAAAAAAAUAAAGAGAAACUGUAUCAAUAUAAUUUUGGAUAUCUAAUGUUAUUGUUGAACAAUUACCAGCAGCUUAUGUACUUAAUUUUGUUUUUGUUAUGUUAAUCAUUGCUUCAUUGAGGUUCACCUUUUUAUUUUGUUUUAUUUAUGGCACAGUCAUUAUGUAAUUCUUUCACUCGCUAAUUGUUUUUGUUGUGUUUUCAACUUUAAUUACUGUGACUUUAUGUAUACAAAAGAUCAAAUGAAGUGCAGUAAAAUUAAAUUGACAUCAUCAAUAAGCA